AUGCACCAGAAUCAUGAAAAACUAGAAAAGAAGUUUGUACAAAUAUCUGAAGGUGACGUAUUGAGUCUCAGACCAGCAACUACAGGCCGAGGAGGAGGAGCGGCGAUUAAUGUGGUCUACUCAGCUGACAUCAACGGAGCCCAGCACGCAUUUACACAGAAAGUAAUUCAAAACUCUUUCAGUAAUGGAGGAAGCUCUGCAGGAGAAGGGACCGGUAACGAAGCCCAGUGUGCGUAUUAUUUAUUAUCUUCUGUAAGAGAGGGAACUGCCACAGCUGUGUCCAUGCAGGCGAGCACUGAUCCCGCGGUCACGCAAACCGCAGGUCACUUCUACGUGAUGAUGACUCCCACAGAUAUAUUACAUUCAGCCACACAGCGGACUAUAGCUCCACGCACACAACCGUAUACUUUGAAAAUGGACAGUCCACACGCACCUAGAGACGAGAGGAGAAGGGCACAACAUAAUGAAGUUGAGAGGCGACGGCGAGACAAAAUCAACAACUGGAUUGUGACACUCUCAAAUAUCAUCCCAGAUUGCAACUUGGAGAGUACCAAGACUGGAGGGAGUAAAGGAGGGAUUCUGUCAAAGGCGUGUGAUUACAUCAGCGAGCUGAAGCAGAAUAACCAGAGACUGCAGGGAAGUUUGAGAGAGCUGGAGAGAGUGCACAUGGACAAUGAGUUGCUCAGACAGCAGUUGGAGGAGCUGAAGAAUGAGAAUGCUCUUCUUCGAGCUCAGCUGGAGCAGAACGACAUUGAGACUGUAACAGACACACCAGCACAAUAAGCUCUAACUCUGGAUAUGUGGGUCAUUCCAGAUGACAAAAUGAUCUUUAUUGACUGAAGUGGGCCACAUGAAAGAUGUUGCAGUAUUCUGGAUUGAGCUUUAAGGGUGCUAACUGAGUCAGGAGCUCUCUCCCUCUCAGUAUUUGGACACUCCUGAUUACAGUGAUGCAGUGAAGCCACACCCUCUGCACAUGAGGUCAAAGGUCAAUAGUUUUCAUCAGAGCAGACAUCAACUGGCAAUUUAUUCAGCCUAACACUUGGACUAAUCUGUGGAAUAUACCUGCAAUGCAAAUAAUCAUUUUCGUUUUCAGCAAAAGAUCUAAACAUUCUUAAACAAGUUUACUUGUUACUUUACUUGUAAAAUAAGACUUGUUUUCAAAGAAAAUAUAACACUUUUUAAUUUUUUCCUUGUUUUAAGCACAAAUCACCAUUACAUUUAGUUAGGCUUUUACUUAAAACUAGAAAAGCAAAUGUGUUAACGAAGAAAAAUAAACUUGAUUCAAGCUGUUUUCUCUGAAAACAAGCCGUAAUAUAUUAUGCCGUUUUCUCCGUAAGUAAAUUGUCUGAUUUAAGAAAAGGUUUUAUUUUUUAUUAUUAUUUAUUUCAUGAGCUAUAAUACACUUUUACCAGAAUCUUUUCUUUUCACUUUUCCUAAUUUUCCACCUUUGUUGAUUUCACAUUUGUUUCCAUGUUUUACUUGGAGCAGUACUUGUUUGUUCAAUGCCUCGUUUAAAUUUAAAUGUUUCUGGAGAAAAUCUGGCUUUGUGGUGUUUCGGAAGGUCAUUAUGGCAAUUUAAUUUGUGGUUCCAGUGAAAUGAAGUGUUAAAAUCGGAACAAUAGCACCUUUGCAUGCAGCCAAGCUCAGAAGAUUCUCUGAUCCAGGAAAAUGAGCUCCGGCUAGGAUUAUUAGCUUCUUAUCUCGGAUCGGUUUCAGAAGACUGUUUGGAAAGGCAUCUCCUAAUUUAUGGAGCAAAUGAGUUUUGGUUGCUCAAUGCUACAUCUCGGAUAAUGAAAACUAUUUGUUACUCUGUGUUAAAGUGUUAUUGUGUUUAACUUUCUCAGCAAUCACCAAAUCUAAGACUCAGAACCCCACAUGUUCGGACCGAGAACAAUGCCAUGAGAUUGAAUUGAUAAAGACAGAAUUAAAAUUUUAUGUGAACUAUUCGUUUAAUUAAGACAUUAUAGUGAAUUAAGCAAAGAAGGACAAUAUUGAAACAAAAACUAAAACUUUUUUUGUCUUUCAUAUUGAUGUCUAUGCAGUGAUUGACUAGCCUACAGCUACAAUUGACAAGAAUAGGAGGUAUGAAAUGAACUUUUGUGGUAAUCAUUAUUAUGCCACAAAUGCUGUCGAUUGAGUUUAACUUGUAUUGAACCCAGAAUAUUUUUGUAAGUCGUAUGAGCUCAAAAAAAUUGCAUACACAAUUAUACAAUUGUAUAAGAAUGAUUAAAAUGCUGUUUAAAAUAGUUGUAGAUGGAGUAAAGCAUGUCACA